AUGGCCAAAAGGAAAAGUGCUGGCGGUGCUAAGGCUGCGUCCAAAAAGACAAAAACUGUACCUGUGGAAGAAUUCCGUUUGUCUGAGUCCGAAAUCACCACGCUAGGCUCAGAUGUGAUGGAUAAGUCUAACUUCAACAGCUUGGUACCUCUCUUGGGUGAACUUGAUAAGUGCUGCUCCAUUCUCGCAAAAAAGGAAGAUGAUAAGGUCGAGGAAACUGGACGUUUGGUUGGUGUUACUUUAUUCAAGUGUUUCCAAAAGAUAAUUGCAGACAAGACCAUGGAAAACUCCAGAGAUGAAAAGCAGCAGUUGGUCGCUAAAUGGAUCGCUGACAAGUACACUAAGUAUAAGACUGUGUUGGCUAAAUUGGUUCGUGAAAAACUCAGUUUUGAGCUGUCACUUCAGCUUGAUGCCUUGGACAUUUUCUUGGGAUUAGUUCAGGCAGAAUCCGUGAAAGAAUUCGCUGUGGAUCUGUACCAACAGUUGGUAGAGGCAUUGCUUUUGAGUGAAAAUGGCCAAAUCUUGGGUGACCUCUCCUCGGAUAACUUUUUGAUUCUGGAAUUCCUCGAAAAGUUUGGCAAAUACUGGGAUUUGCAAACGUAUUUCUUUGAAGAAACAUUGGUGCAGAAAAUCAGCCAAUGGGCUGACUUUGACGCCGAAAAGAAGAACUUGGUGUUCUCCAAUUACCUCACGAUCAUCCGCAACGGUCUCUUGUAUGUUCCAGACCGUGAAACUUUGCAUGAAUGUCCUCUCUGGAUCAGUGGACAACUCCCACCUUCCGCAUACAAACCCAGCUUUAAAGCACGGUACCAGCAGUGUCUCUUCGCCAUCAUGAAGCUCACAGACCUCACUGCAGCUCAUUACAAAGCAUUGUUGCUAAUUUUGCACAAGAGAAUCAUUCCGUUUAUGGGUGUUCCUGCCAGUCUUAUGGAUUUCUUAACUGAUGCAUACGACCAGGAAGAAGACGAAAUCGUCCCCAUUCUUGCACUCAACUCGCUUUGGGAACUCAUAAAGAAUUACAACUUGGAGUACCCAGACUUUUACACCAAGCUCUACUCGUUGCUUACUCCAAGUAUCUUGUACACUCGUUACAGGUCUAGAUUCUUCAGAUUGUGUGAUUUGUUUCUCAGUUCCACGCACUUGUCUGCCAAUUUGGUUGCAUCUUUUAUCAAGAGAUUGGCCAGAUUGUCGCUUUCGGCGUCUGCUCCAGGUGUGGUGAUUGUUAUUCCAUUUGUGUAUAACUUGCUCAAGAGACAUCCUACGUGUAUGGUGUUGCUUCAGAAUCUGGAGGUGACUUCCGAGUACAAGGAUACUUUCGAUAACGAGGAGGUUGAUCCACUUAAGACCAAGGCCAUGGGCUCUUCGUUGUGGGAGUUGGAGACAUUGAUGAGCCAUUACCACCCCAAUGUGGCCACGUUGGCCAAGAUCUUCGGUGAGCCAUUCAGAAAGCCCAGCUACAACUUGGAGGAUUUCUUGGAUUGGAGUUAUAUUUCGUUGUACGACAGUGAGAAGAACAGAAAGUAUAAGGGUAUGGCUUCGUUGGAAUAUGAGGAGUGGGAUACGAUUUAUGGUGAUUCUGACAAGGCGUACAUGAAAGGGUGGGAGCUUUAA